GGCCACAUAGUAUUAGAGCCUUGUUACUUCCCUACCCAACAGCAUUCAUAAAUUCAGGAAAGAAGUAUGUUCUGUAAAAGGAAUGCAUGUUGUAUGGACCCAGCUCCAAAGCUGCAGUUUCAGCUAAGGUGGAAAAAAAAGGAAAGCGCUCAGCUGGAUUUUCCAGAGCAGGAUCUAUGAGAAAAGGUAACUUGGGAAAACACUGCAGAUUCGGAGCUGAGUCUACAACCUUCUAGGAAGAAAACCAACAGCUCUUAAAUGUGCAAGUUUGGACUGCAGCUGUAUUUGUUUGGGAAGACUAUGGGUAGGUACCAGGGCUGGCAGCUGAGCUGUUUGAACGCCAUCCUUCUCGUGCUGCUGUGCAGCAGCAUUUCCCACGCACAGAGGGACUGCACGGGCGCCGAGUGCCAACCCCUGGACAACUGCAUCGAGGAUGUGCUGGAGCCCGGCGAGUGCUGCGCCACGUGCCUGCAGCACGGCUGCACGUGCGAAGGGUACCAGUACUAUGACUGCGUCAAUGUGGGCUUUAUCAACGGCAAAGUACCCGAAGGGCAGUCUUACUUCGUGGACUUUGGAAGCACCGAGUGUUCGUGCCCCAAGGGAGGAGGCAAGAUCAGCUGUCAGUUCAUGCUGUGCCCGGAGCUGCCUCCAAACUGCAUUGACGCGGUGGUGCCAGCGGACGGGUGCCCUCAGUGUGGAAGAAUAGGUUGCCUCCACGAGGGCCAGAAGUACGUAGCAGGGCACACCUUCCACAUGCCCCCGUGCAAGGUUUGCCAUUGCCCAAAUGCUGGCGGUGAGCUGAUGUGCUACCAGCUUCCAGACUGUAACACGUUCGCCUUAAACACUGCAAGUCCCAUGGACACUGAAGACAACGAACCAGAGAGGCACUACGAUGAUCCAUACAGCUACGACCAGGAGGCUCCAGAAGGAGACAACACCCAGGUGGAAUCUCCAAAAAAAUACAGGAGCUACUCUUCCCACCUUGAGCAAGAGAGCAUCAGCCAAGAGCAAAGUGAGGAUUAUGACUACUUACCAGCCAGCAUUGCUCCUUCAGUUUCAGCUCUGGCCGAUACAUAUGCCGAGGAAACAACUGUACCACUCACCACACCAGCACCUAAGCUGCCCUCUGAAUUUCGCAGUGCCACAGAAAGAAUUGAGCGAAAGAGGGUGCCCCGCACCACUGCAGCAUACCCCCAGCAAGUGACACAUAAGGAAGCACCAGCAACCACCAGCGCUCCUCCAGAGCACACCACGGCCACCACUGAGACCCCUAAGCACCUGGGGGAGCCAGAGAGGAGACCCAAGGGGAAGCAAGCGGACAAAGAGAGGAAUGAGCAAGAAAGAGCCCCACACUCUAAAAUGAAAAAGCAUGCCAGAAAAGAAGACCCAGGAAACAGUAUUCAUCUAGGCUUGAAAGAAGUGAAUUUAACAGAGCCAAGUCCAGCAAAAUCUUCCCAUGAAACACAAGAAGGAAAUGCUUUCCCCAAGGUAAAGUUCAGUGCCACAACCUCUCCCCCCGUUGCUCUAAAGGAAGAUCGUAGUCAGUCAUCCCAAAAGCAGUCACAGACGCUUUAUCGUUACCAUCCCGAGGAAGAUGGGGACCCCAACUCUAUUCACGCCAACCCUAGGUUACCAGAAGGUUCUACAAAGGAAUUGAUUGAGAGCUGCUGCGGAGCUGGACAGCAGUGGGCUAUCGAUAACGGAGAGUGCACAGAAAUUCCUGUAAGUGGAGUGGACGGUGAUAUUUGCAGAAUCGCUCAGAAGCAGUGUUGUAUCUCCACCAUCAAGGAGAACAGCUGCCUGGCUGGCAUGAUUGCUGCAAAGGAGGGAGAUGCGUGUGGACCAGAGGAAAGCGAUACCUGUGGAGGAUCAUCAUAUAAGCAAUGCUGUGAUUGCUGUAAUCUGGGCCUGCGAUUAAGGAGUGAGGGGAAAACCUGCGAGUCCAACAUAAAUCUGGGCUACCCCUGCAGUCAUGUGAUGCUGUCCUGCUGUGAAGGGGGAGAUCACUUUAUCCAGCCAGAAAUAAAAAGGCAUCCCGAACCUCUGCCAACAGUGAUGCCUGAGAAAGUUUCAGAGACGGAAGAUCACAACGAAGCUUUGUCCAUCAGCAAUGAAGCUGAGCUGUCGAAUAACCUGCCUGGAGAUGAUCUGGAUGAAUGUCUUCUCUAUGGUGGGGAACUCUGUCAGCAUUUGUGUAUAAACACUGUGGGGUCCUACAAGUGCUCCUGUUUCCCAGAAUUCACUUUGCAAGAAGAUGGGACCAGCUGCUCUCCAGACCCCGACAGAGGACAGGUGACAAGGCUGGAAGCAGAACCCACUGCCCCUCCGGCAGCCUCUCCUGCUCAGCCUCUUCUCAUCGUGUCCUUACAGGAAGAGCAGGAUAAGUGCAAAGAUAAUGGUCCCUGCAAGCACAUCUGCAAUGUUGUGGAAGGAAAUGUUGUAUGCUCAUGUUUGUCUGGUUAUACUAUCAUGGCUGAUGGGAUUUCUUGCGAAGAUUUGGAUGAGUGCCUCACAGGUGCUCACACUUGUUCCAGAGGACAAUUAUGUGUGAACACAUUGGGAUCAUUCUACUGUGUCAACCACAGAGUGAUCUGUGCAGAGGGCUUUAUACUCAACAGGCAUAGAAAAUGUGUUGACAUUAAUGAAUGCGUAACAGAUACGCACACCUGCCAGCGGAGGGAACACUGCGUCAACACGAUGGGAUCAUUUAAAUGUCUCCAGGAAUUGAGCUGUCAGCCAGGUUAUGAACUUAAGGAUGGAGAAUGUGUUGAUAUUGAUGAAUGCGAGAGAGGAACUCACAGUUGUAAAGUGAACUUCGUUUGUCAGAAUACAGAAGGAUCGUUUUACUGUGAGUCAAAGCAACGUUGCAUGGAUGGAUUCUUACAGGACCCUGAGGGAAACUGUGUUGAUAUUAAUGAAUGCACAUCUCUCCCUGAGCCGUGUAAACCAGGAUUCAACUGCAUCAAUACCGUUGGAUCUUACACCUGCCAAAGGAACAUGCUGACAUGCAGCAGAGGCUACCACUCCAAUGAGGAGGGAACACGAUGCGUCGAUGUGGAUGAAUGUCAAACUGGUGUACACCGUUGCGGCGAAGGACAGAUUUGUCAUAAUCUUCCUGGGGCUUAUCGCUGUGACUGCAAGAUGGGCUAUCAGUAUGAUGCAUUCAGCAGAACCUGCAUUGAUAUAAAUGAGUGCUGGAAUUACCCUGGACGCCUGUGUCAGCACACGUGUGAGAACACCCCUGGGUCCUACCAUUGCACUUGUUCUUCUGGUUUCCGCCUGUCUUAUGAUGGGAAGCAUUGCGAAGAUGUGAACGAAUGUGAUACAAGUCCCUGUAGCCAGGAGUGUGCCAAUGUUUAUGGUUCCUACCAGUGUUACUGCAGGCAAGGUUUCCAGCUAGGGGAAGAUGGUCACUCUUGUAAAGAUAUCGAUGAGUGCACGCAGAGUGCAGGCAUUCUUUGUACUUUCCGCUGUGUGAAUGUUCCUGGUAGUUAUCAGUGUGCUUGUCCUGAGCAGGGAUAUACCAUGGCAGCAAAUGGAAGAACCUGUCGAGAUAUCGAUGAAUGUGCAAUAGGAACCCAUAACUGUUCAGCUGCAGAGUCUUGCUAUAACAUCCAGGGCAGCUUCCGCUGCCUGUCCUUCGAGUGCCCUUCCAACUACAGAAAAGUGACUGACAUGAGGUGUGAACGUAUCAGUUGCUUUAAUUAUCUGGACUGCCAAAAUACCCCAGUGCGUAUUACCUACUAUCAGCUGAACUUCCAAACCAAUAUCAUGGUCCCAGCUCAUAUUUUCCGUAUUGGACCAUCACCUGCCUAUGCUGGAGACAACAUAAUCCUCACUAUCAACAAAGGAAAUGAAGAAAACUACUUCAGCACUCGAAGGCUGAACUCAUACACAGGCAUUGUCUAUCUUCAACGACAAGUGAAAGAGCCCAAAGACUUUCUGUUAGAUGUUGAAAUGAAACUGUGGCGUCAGGGAACAUACACUACUUUUCUUGCCAAAAUUUACAUUUUCAUCACAGCUCAUGCAUACUGAAGCAUGUAUUGACAUUGGAAUUUAUUGGUGCUAUGCUCUUUACCUGUUCUACCAAAGCUUAAUACUGUUGAACUGGCAUUUAAUGUAUCUAGCCUUUAUAUUAUUUUUCUAUCAUUGCUUUAAACUUUUUUUUUUUUACUGGUUGUGUAAAUUAAGUUAAUUUUUUUUCUUUUUGUUUUUUUUUUUUUGUUUGUUUGUUUGUUUGUUAUGUAAUUCUUCACAUCAUCAUUUGACAAUGAGUGAAAGAAGGAUUAGAAAGGCAGUACAUACAUUAUGUUAAAUGCUGGAAUCUUUUCUUAGAAAUUAUUUUUAGGUUUAGUCACAUCUGCAAGGUAUUGCACUAGAGAGGAAAGUUGUUCACUUGGGAGCAUUGCUGUUUGCCAUUAAGUUGAAAAACCUUGACCAAUUUUUCUUUACUACACAAACUUAGUUUGGCCACUGAGGUUUCUCUGUGUUGAGAUGCUGCGUCAAGAGCUAUGUGCAUACAUUGAUGGUUAGCUCACCUCAUAUUACAGGUUUGUUUUCUCCUUCCAUCUUUUAUAAUAUGUUGCCUAAAAUAUAUAUAUAAAUAAAAUAAAACUCCACAAGUGAACAAGCCUAUGACUGAGCCGUGCUUUAGUAGGACCGUUCAUGUUCCAAGUUUUUGCAAGACCAUGGCCUUCAGAGUGUAUCAUGCUUUAGGGUAAAAGUUUGCAUCGCCAUUUCUAGUAGUUGUCAUUAUAGGUUCCUGAAUUCCUUUCCACACAAACCCAUUCUGUUUAGGUUACUAUACGUGUAGAUUAUAUGUAUUGUAAUUCUUAAAGGAAUGUUUUCCAAGAGAAAACAAGGAAAUAAUAAAAUAAUCAACUGCUGUCCCUUAUUUUAAAUCUUGGGUGUACCACUGAGGAAUUAUUUGCAGUUUUAAAUAAACAAAAGGGGAGUUGCUUCUGUUCUUCAGGAAAAUAACUUCAGCUGUGUUACCAAAUGACACAGAGGAAAAUGGGAGUUAAAUUGGCAGUCUGUAUUAUGCCAUUUAGAAAUAGCACGACUUAAGUUUUGAACUGGAUUUCCUCUAGUUCCACAGGAAACUGGAUGAAGUCCAAAGCUCUCAAGGCCAGAUGUGGUAAAGCUUAGUAUAAUCAAAGUAUUUGUUAGAAUUUAGAAAUGAACAUCAGAACUUCUCUUUUUUCCAAAGAAGAAAAAAAGCUCCAGUGUUGAAAUUUACUGAGCUUCUUUUGUUCCAGCUAUAAUUACACUGUAAAAUGUUUUAACGGAAAAACAUAGCUACAAUAUAUUGAUGUUUACUACACUGUGGUUUAAUAAUCUAUUCUUUUCUACAGUCCAUCUUGUUUUGAGCAGCAUGUACAUUUAA